CCUUCCAGCAUAUCGUCGUCACGAUCGUCACAAUUAUCAACAUCGCCGUUCGUUCACGUCAUCGUAUCGCAAGCUAGACAUCCGUGAUGAGAUAGAUGAUAAGAGAACUUUUUUUUACCGCAUUAUUCAAUGUGUCUCGAAUCGUUAAAUUGGCGUCGUCGAAGCUUGUGAUACGUAUACGUACCCCUCGACGAUGCGACAUGUCGCACUUGCGUGACAUUUCGCACCUGUGUUUGCGUCGCUUUCGCAACAGAGGAAAUGGAUAGUUGAAGUUUACACAAGUAAUUCUUAUCUCAUUGUCACAAUGUCUAUGCAACAAUACUGUUUGCGGUGGAACAAUCAUCAGCCGAAUUUCAUCUCGGUCUUCUCCAACCUACUAAAUAAUGAGACUCUAGUGGAUGUUACUCUCGCUGCUGAAGGCAGACAAAUUCAGGCUCAUAAAGUUGUACUGUCGGCAUGCAGCACAUACUUUCAGUCACUGUUUACAGUGAACCCUUGUCAGCACCCUAUCGUUAUACUUAAGGACAUCAAGUUUUCAGACCUCAAGAUUAUGGUAGACUUUAUGUACUAUGGAGAAGUAAACAUAUCUCAAGAUCAAUUACCAUCUAUUAUAAAGACGGCAGAAAGCUUAAAGAUAAAAGGACUUGCAGAAAUGCAUACAGCAUCGGUAACUAAAUGGCCAAGUGGAAGUAGCGAAACAGGUGGAGGGGAUCGUGGCGAAUCUUGCUCACCCAGUCCAUCUCCAUUAUCUCCUUCUUUUCGUAGAAAAAGAUUACGGAAAUCUUCUACUGGCUCAACAUCUGGUUCUGGCGACAGGCCAGAAGAAAUGAAUGAAAUAACACUAGUGGCUACUAAUAUUGUAAAGCCUGAACCCCUAAUUGCAUCGCAAGAAAGUGGAGAGAAUUUAAGGCGACCAGUAAAUACCAGCACAGAAUCUCAAGGCAGUAUCGAUGAAGAUCAAAUAUCAAUUAUGAGUAAUAUGGAAACUAAUUCUACUAAUACACCAGCGCAGAGUGAUGGUUCUAUUCAAGACGUAAGUCAGCAGUCGACAGGAGGAAACAUUGCGCAAAGUUCUGUCCCUUCGCAACCACCCUCAUCUCAUCAAGGAUUACAAUGGACUAUUAUGGAGCACACAUAUCAUCCGACACGUUUCGCUCUGUCCUCGUGUCAAACGAAUCUGUCGAUCCAAGCUUCGUCGGCGUUCACGACGCCCGAAAUAACAGCAUCCUCGACCAUCAGCGAUCAGUACUCUGGUACCAGCACGACUGGUUCCAGUUGCGACCUGACGAACUAUCCAAACUCCUCCCACGGGACGUUGCAGCACGCGUCGUCGUCGUCAGGCGGCG